UCUCUUUUUACCUGUGGUCAGAUUCAGUUCACACGCUCUUCCAAUCCGCAAUUUUCUUAUAUGUACAGUAAAUUCCAAAGGACUAUACAAAUAGAUCGAUAAAUUGCGCAAUGACCGCGUCGAACGGUAAUGUCGUCAAGGACGACGACAAUCGAUUGUCACAAUAUAAAUCGAAUAUCGUUUUGGGUGAAUCCUUUGCUGCAAACGAUAAAGAACGCAAAAGCUUUGAACCCAAUAAGUCGAAGAAGAAGAAAUCCAAGCAUGACAACGCUGAAGACACUGAGGAAGACGAUGGCAGACCCAAGGAAGAUAUUAAGCCUGUUAGUUUCUUUUCGAUGUUCCGAUAUGCCACAACGAAGGAUCGUAUACUUUAUUUUAUUGGAUUUGUCGGUGCUAUCGCUACGGGUCUAACGACGCCAGCGAACAGUUUGAUCUUUGGUGAUCUCACAAACGAUAUGAUUAACUUGAGUGGUUUACAAGAAGGAGGAACCAGGUAUCAGAGAGACGAUCCUGGUUCUAAUGCCUUACUCGAUGCCGUGCAGCAAUUCUCACUGAACAAUACAUAUAUUGGUAUUGUGAUGCUCGUCUGCAGUUACCUCUCCGUCACAUGCUUCAAUUAUGCUGCCCACUCUCAAAUUAUGUCCAUUCGAUCCAAGUUCUUCAAGUCUGUGCUGCAUCAGGAUAUGAGCUGGUAUGAUUUCCAUCAGAGCGGUGAAGUCGCCAGUCGCAUGAACGAAGAUCUGUCGAAAAUGGAGGAUGGCCUGGGUGAAAAAGUUGUGAUCUUUGUGCAUUUUAUUGUCGCGUUCGCUGGCUCCAUUGUCUUGGCCUUCGUCAAGGGCUGGCAGUUAUCUUUGGUGUGUUUGACCAGUAUGCCGGUGACCUUCAUUGCCAUGGGCUUUGUGGCCAUUGCCACAUCCAAGCUAGCCAAGCAGGAGGUGAACAUCUAUGCAAGUGCCGCUGUCGUUGCCGAAGAGGCGCUCUCCGGAGUGCGGACAGUGAAGGCAUUUGAAGGCGAAGCCAAAGAGGUGUCUGCUUACAAAUCAAAAGUGAUUGCAGCUAAGCUGCUGAACAUUAAGCGCAACAUGUUCUCGGGCAUUGGAUUUGGCCUGCUCUGGUUCUUCAUAUAUGCUUCAUAUGCCUUAGCCUUUUGGUAUGGCGUUGGCUUGGUUAUUAAGGGUCGUCACGAACCCUAUUUUGCCAAUUAUGAUCCUGGCACCAUGAUCACUGUCUUCUUCUCCAUCAUGAUGGGCUCAAUGAACAUAGGCAUGGCCUCGCCUUAUAUUGAAGCUUUUGGCAUUGCCAAAGGUGCUUGCGCUAAGGUCUUCCACAUUAUUGAACAAGAGCCAACCAUUAAUCCCCUCGAGCCACGUGGCAAGCGAUUGAAUGAACCCCUGACCAAAAUUGAAUUCCGCGAUGUUGAGUUCCAAUAUCCCACACGCAAAGAAAUUCCCAUUCUGCAGAAGCUCAAUCUGACGAUUCAUCGUGGCGAAACUGUCGCCUUGGUGGGACCCUCGGGUUGUGGCAAGUCCACGUGCAUCCAGCUGUUGCAGCGUUACUACGAUCCCCAGGGCGGAGACCUCUUCUUCAACGGCCACAACAUCAAGGACAUCAACAUCAAUUGGCUGCGCUCGCGCAUUGGUGUCGUCGGACAGGAGCCCGUGCUGUUUGGCCAGUCGAUCUACGAGAACAUUCGCUAUGGUCGUGAAGAUGCCACCAGGGAAGACAUCGAGGCUGCGGCUGCUGCUGCCAAUGCUGCCGUCUUCAUCAAGAAAUUGCCCAAGGGCUACGAUACGUUGGUGGGCGAACGAGGUGCUCAGUUGUCCGGCGGACAGAAGCAACGUAUUGCCAUUGCUCGAGCUUUGAUUCGUGAUCCGGAAAUUCUUCUCCUCGAUGAGGCUACCUCCGCUCUGGACACAGCUAGUGAGGCCAAAGUGCAGGCUGCGCUGGAGAAGGUCAGCAAGGGACGCACCACCAUUAUUGUGGCCCAUCGUCUAUCGACUGUGCGACGUGCCGAUAAGAUUGUGGUGAUCAACAGUGGACAAAUUGUCGAAUCCGGAACUCAUCAGGAGCUGAUGAUGCUGAAGAAUCACUACUUCAAUCUGGUGACCACACAGAUGGGUGACGAUGAUGGCAGUGUGUUGAGUCCCACCGGAGAUAUCUACAAGAACUUUGACAUUAAGGAUGAAGACGAUCAGGAGAUUAAGAUCUUGCAUGAGGAAGAAGAGGAAGAAGAGCAAGCGAUCGAUAAGAAGAAAAAGAAGGAGAAGGAACCAUCGCCUAUGAUGGGUGUGAUUCGGAUGAAUAAACCCGAAUGGCUUCAAAUCACUAUUGGCUGCAUCAGUUCCAUUAUCAUGGGUUGUGCCAUGCCCUUGUUUGCUCAGCUUUUCGGCAGCAUCAUUCAGGUGUUGCAGUCUACGGAUGAUGACUAUGUGCGUGAAAAUACCAAUCAAUACAGUUUGUACUUCGUGAUCGUUGGCAUUGUUGUCGGUAUCGCCACAUUCAUGCAGAUCUAUCUGUUUGGAAUUGCGGGCGAACGUCUAACGGAACGCUUGAGAGGACUGAUGUUUGAGGCGAUGUUGAAUCAGGAGGUUGCCUGGUUCGAUGACCGUGCUAAUGGUACCGGCAGUCUUUGCGCUCGCUUAUCUGGAGAUGCCGCCGCUGUUCAGGGCGCGACAGGUCAGCGCAUUGGCAGCAUUAUCCAAUCGAUUUCCACGAUCGUCUUGGGCGUCGCCUUGGCCAUGUACUACGAGUGGAGCUUGGGACUUGUGGCCAUGGCCUUUAUGCCCUUCAUUCUCAUCUCGUUCUAUUUGCAACGUACUGUGAUGGCUCAGGAGAACAUGGGCAAUGCCAAGAUCAUGGAAAACACCACCAAACUGGCCGUCGAAGUGGUGUCCAAUAUACGCACGGUCGUUUCCUUGGGUCGUGAAGAUAUGUUCCACAAGAACUACAUUGACAUGCUAACCCCUGCGGUUGAGAAAUCCAAGAAGAAUACCCACUAUCGUGGCAUUGUCUAUGGUCUGGCUAGAUCUAUGAUGUUCUUCGCCUACGCAGCUUGCAUGUACUAUGGUGGUUGGUGUGUGGUUAAUCGUGGCAUGCUCUUUGGUGACGUCUUCAAAGUUUCUCAGGCUCUAAUUAUGGGCACCGCAUCGAUUGCUAGCGCCUUGGCUUUUGCACCCAACAUGCAAAAGGGUGUCUCUGCUGCGGCAACCAUUCUGCAGUUCCUUGAGCGUAAACCUCUGAUUGGCGACAAACCGGAUGUCUCCAGGAAACCAUGGCACUCCAAUGGAAACGUGCUCUUCGAUAAGGUAGAGUUCAGCUAUCCUACGCGACAGGAGAUCCAGGUGCUUAAGGGUCUGAUACUUGCGGUUCAAAACGGCCAAAAAGUGGCCCUGGUGGGUCCCUCGGGUUGUGGCAAAUCCACUUGUAUUCAGCUGGUGCAGCGAUUCUACGAUGCCGACGUUGGUUCAGUGCAGAUCGAUGAGCACGAUCUCCGCGAUUUGGCCAUAUCUAAUCUGCGCAUGCAAUUGGGAAUUGUGUCACAAGAACCGAUUCUUUUCGACCGCACCAUUCGCGAGAAUAUUGCAUAUGGUGAUAACUCCAGAAUCGUGACGGAUCAGGAGGUUAUUGCGUCGGCAAAGAAAUCAAACAUUCAUCAAUUCAUUGCAUCCUUACCCUUGGGCUACGAAACCCGCAUGGGAGAGAAGGGCACACAGUUGUCCGGCGGACAGAAGCAACGUAUUGCCAUUGCACGCGCACUUAUCCGAAAUCCUAAAAUCCUUCUGCUGGACGAGGCUACUUCAGCUUUGGACGCCGAAAGUGAAAAGAUCGUUCAAGAGGCCUUGGAUGCUGCCGCUGAAGGACGGACCACCAUUAGCAUAGCCCACAGAUUGUCCACCGUUGUCGACUCGGAUGUCAUCUAUGUGUUCGAAAACGGUGUCGUCUGUGAGAGCGGCAGCCACAAGGAGCUACUCCAGAAUCGUGGUCUCUACUAUACGUUGUACAAAUUGCAAUCUGGCGCUGCGUAAAUACUCGUCGUCUAGUCAAAACCUUUAGGCUUAUUUGGAACUUCGAUCAAUGAUAAACUAGUAUUACUAUCAUAUAAUAAGUGACAAUCCAUAGGCAUUUAUAUAAGCGUAGAUCGUUAAGAACAUUAUUAGUAUUUAAGACCAAAGUGAAACGAACUGUUAAUACAUCAAAUUAUGAAUAAAUAACAAAAUUAAAUCCAAU